AUGGUCAAAAAAAGGACGAAUUUACUCACACUAUCGGAUGACCAGAUAGGCACAGUUGCCCAAGCAGGCAUGGAGGUCGCUUGGGGACUUAGCCGUCAUCUGGAUGACCUGAACAGUGACUGUUUUCUUCAGCUAUGCAAUUGGCAUGCUGCUAAAGCAAUCAAGAAGAGGCUAACUCGCGAGGGGUAUCCGCUUUACAUAAGAAAGCCAUUAGCUAAUCUGGUGUGGAAGUGGAUUCAGUCAGAAACCCUCGAGGAUAUAGAGCGGAAUCGUGGUAUUUUGCUUAAUCAAUUACACCAGAAGAAAUAG